AGCCCCUCCUCAGCUAUGCUUCAGUUCAGUGUUCAGACAGUCAACAUGGAGGUCGGCGGCCUCCGCAUCAAACUCUUGGUCCAAAUCUUAUUCCUGCUGUGUGCACAUGUUCAGGACGUUGAUUCACUGAUUCUCCGUCCUGAACCAAACAGACUGCAGUUCUUUGAAUAUGAGUCUCUGAUCUUUCAUUGUGAGGGCUCUUACGGCUCGACUGGACUGAAAAUUGUACAUCGGUCCAAAGGGGAAUUACAGACAUGUGCAACUACAGUGACAUCAAAAAGGUCAUCCUGCUCCAUUAAAAAUCUUUAUUCAGAUGAAAAUGGACAAUACUGGUGUGAGUCUGGAGAUAGGAAGACAAGCGACAUCAUCUAUAUCACUGUUACUGCUGGUCCUGUGAUCCUGGAGAGUCCCAUCAGUGUGGUGGAAGGAGAGGAUGUGACUCUGCGCUGCAGAAACAAGACAACCUCACACAACCCAGCUGAUUUCUACAAAGAUGGACGCCUUAUCGGAAGAAGCUCUACAGAAAACAUGACAAUCCCCGGUGUUACCAAACGUAAUGAAGGACUCUACAAGUGUACCAUCUCUGGAGGAGGAGAAUCAGCUGAGAGUCGGAUGGUUGUCCAAGUCAUUCUAGAACCCAACGAGAUGGCCUUCCCAUGGAACGUUAUCAUUGUUUUAUUGGUUCUGCUGGUGCUGGUUGGACUUCUUCAUCUCGCCAAAGGUUAUUGGAACAGAGUGUUGCUGUACUUGUCCACACUGGCACCUCAAUCAGGCACAACUGAGGUUCAAACAGUCUCUGUUGAGGCCGGUCGAGAGGCAGCAGAUGCAAACCAAGCGAUGUACGCUGUGGUUUUGAAAAACAGGACAAAGAAAGUUGAGGCUGAAUCGUCAACUCCAGCCUUUUACUCCACUUUGGCUGAUCCUGGUGACACUCAACAACUAGCUUGCAAAAGCUCGGGUGACAGACAGUAUCACCAUCGUCUUCCCUCCGUCUCUGUCAGGACCAGGAGGUGGUAAACAUGACACAAAGGAAAGAAGAACCUGCAUAAAUCAGGAACAUCGGUGAAUGUGUGUUUAUGCAAUCAGUCACAUGCAGGACGCUCCAAAUCUCUUUAUUCUCUGUAAAUAUACUUUCUAUCUCUGUAAAGCUACAUAAGGAAUGACGAGGAGACAGAAGAAGGAGCUGGAUUGUCUCUGAGGCUUUGUGCCUGUAAGAACAUCAGACUGAAAGUGUAAUGGAGGGAACGCUUUCAGCAAAUCUUUAUUCUAAAUGAACUGUUCUUUCUUCUCUCAUGCAAAAUUAAAAGCUUCAAGCAUUGACAAA